GUUAACUGGUGAGAAUCUUGCAUGGGAGAGCCUCUAGCUAGUGGAGCUACCUACCAUCCCCAACGAUCAAAAACUUCAAACAACAAGCUAGGCCACCAACACAACACCAGCAUGCAAAGGUCAGAAAACAAUUACAAGGAAUUCAGUUUUCUAGAACAGGAUGGAUUCCUUAAAAUCCCAAUUAGGCCACCUAAGCCAUUCACCAUCACUUAUAAGCCCUUUGUUUUCUCUCUCUGAAGAGAGGACAAUCUUGGUUUUGUUUUUGGUGAAGCAAACACCAGAGCUUCUCUCUCUGCACACACACAUACAUACACUCCAGUCUCCACCACCACCCCAUGUGAUUUGAAGGCCUUCCCCUGUCUCCUACCUCCUCCUCUUUCUCUCUUGGACACAGAGCCCUUCCUUAUCAUCAAUCACCAGCAAGGAGGAACAUACAAUUCAGCAAAAGAUUCACUGCGCUGCAGCAUUUGUUUUGCUGCCUCUGCACUGCACCCUGCUGCCCUGUCCCUAUGCUCCUCUCUACUCUUCCUCACAGUUGCUCAUCUUCUGCUUCUUCCCCGUGUCCUUGACUCCAACUUCUCAAUGUUCUUGGUGGCUGGCAGGUCCCUCUGUUGUUCUAGUAAUCCAGUUCCUGCUGUUUCUGUUCCCAAAACUGUGUUCUUGGCCACCAAGUUCGGUUCAUCGAUCUGAAACUCUGUAGCUAGCUAGAUUCAACUUCUGCUUCUGAGUUCAUCUGAGAUUUUGGGCUUUGGUGGGGAGAAGAAUCUGUGUAGUUGAAACAAGGCAUCUUGUGUUUCGAGUCUGUGCCAUUGAUGCGUUGCUUGGGUUAAUGGCGAAUCCAACUUAGUUUGCAGUGCAAGAAAGGACAGAAAGAGAAGAUGCGGGCUUUGAGCAAGCUAGGCGUGGGGCUGACGGCGGUGUCGGCGCUGCUCCUGCUGGCGCUCGCCGCCGAGCUCUACUACAUCCUCGUGCACAGGCGGCGCCGCCGCGCCGCCGCCGCCGUCUCCGACGCCGUCUCCUCCUCCUCGCCCUCCUCCUCCUCCCGCGAGCUGCUCCACCUCUUCUGCUUCAAGAAGCCGCCCCCCGCCGCCGCCGCGACCACAGAAGCCGCCGACCCCGAGGCUGCCGUCGCCGGGGAAGACGAAGAAGAAGACGACGAGGACGAGAGCGUGGAGGCGCAGCUGAUGCGGCUGGGCAGCCUGGUGGGCCCGCCGCGUCUGCUAUUCACCAUCAAGGAGGAGACCCGGGAGGACCUCGACUCCGACGAUGGCGGCCGGAGCCGCAGCCUCGCCGACCUGCUGCAUCGCUCGCCGCUCUUCCUCACGCCGGCGUCCUCGCCGCCCGUGGUCGAGAGCUCGUCCUUCAACCCGCUCUACGAGCCCCCUGCGGCGGCGGCCCCAUCGCCGCCGCCCAGCCUCCAGUUCCUCAAGGACGCCGAGGAGAAGCUGUACCGGCGGGCGCUGGCCGAGGAGGCCAAGAGGGCGCGCCUGUCGCCGUCGCCGGCCGCCGGAGAUGAGGAAGGCGGGUUCAUCACCAUCGUUGUCGGGAAGAACAACCGGGUCAUCCCCUUGCCGCCGUCGCCUUGAGAAAUUAUUAAGGUGGCUCUUUUUAACUUGUGUCUGAUGAUCUGAUGCAGUCAGUGUUCUAGCUUAGUCUUCCUCUGGUCUCUGCUGUGAUGAUCUCUCUGUUUUUGUUCUUCUGAUCAUUCCUGCUUGGAUGGUUGGAUUGGAUUUGUAUAUAACAUGAACAUGAUGAGGAACUGAGAACUUCAGAUCAGAUAUGUUUUUCUUCUUCUAAUUUUAUUUGUAAUCUGACUUGUGGGAUGCAAGUUAAAUUGCUGUAAUUUUGCUAUUUUAGGAGGUAAAUCUUGUUGCAAUAGGCAGAAUAUUUUACAGAUCAAAAUACAUUUUCUUCUUCUUCUUUUUCCUGAUGUAUGUAAUAAGCUUUGAGGGCAGAUGCUUUCUUUUUCCUCACCAUCAUGUGGUGAGCUGUAUUAUGUACUCCCUCCGAUCCAUAUUAUUUGUCGAAAUAUUACAUGUAUCUAGACAUUUUUUAGUCA